UAGUUUUCAUUAUUACAGAUUCGAACUUCCCUACGUACACUCUGACCCGAUGCCAUUUGCGAUGUGGCACCGAUAGCUGCUGCUGCAGCAGUACGAGGCAAUUCCUUGGAUUAAUUACUGCUCUACGAAGGCACAAAGAAUGGAAGAAGCUGAACUGCUGAAGGAAAGAUUUCAGGCCAUAACUGACAAGAGGAAACUUCAAGAAGGAAUCACUCAGAAACGCCUUAAAGUCGAAGAAGUAAAACUAAAACAUCAGCACUUGAAGAAAAAAGCUCUGCGUGAGAAAUGGCUCUGGGAUGGAUUAAAUACUCUUGCUCCAAAAGAACAAGAAGAAAUGCAAAACCAGAAUCGAGAGGAUCAACAACGGAUGAAUGAGCUGGAACAAAAUAUCCUCAGACUUGAAAAAGAAAUUGAGGACCUUGAGAAAGAAGAACUGGCCAUCUCAGCUAAAGAAAAGGCCAUCCUGAAGAAGCUUAAAUUGGUAGAAAGAACCACAGAAGAUAUUAUAAAGUCUGUGAAGGUGGAAAAAGUAAAGACUAAAGAAGAGCCACCUGACUACAUUUAUGCCAACAUACCUGACCUUCCAAAAUCUUUCAGGCCUUCUGCACUUAAAAGGACAGGGCAUCUAGAAGCAGAGGACGAUGAAGAAAAGCGAAGAGCAUUGUUCGCUAUGGAAAUUAAAGUUGAAAAAGACCUGAAGACCGGAGAAAGCACAGUUUUGUCGACAAUACCACUACCGUCAGAUGAAUUUAAGGGCGCAGGAGUGAAAGUGUAUGAUGAUGGCAGAAAGUCGGUCUAUGCAGUGUGUUCCAAUGGAAGUGUCACAAACAAGGAAGUAGAUGACCUUGCACCUGUUGAAGUGGAGGACCUCUUGAGGCAGGCGACGGAGAAACAGUCCAAGUCUCCCACUGAAUAUCAUGAACCAGUAUAUGCAAACCAGUUUUGCAGGCCCACAACUCCCCAGAAUGAUAAGUUAGUCCAGGGACCAAAUGGCCAAAAAGGAGCUCUUCAAAAGAAAACAAACAGCCUGGACUGUUUUUAUAAGGAACCUGUCUAUAAAAAAGAGCAAGCAUUUAAAGAAAACGGCCUAGAUUCCUCCAAGAGCUAUCGGCACAAUUCUCACUCUCCGGUCUUUCAACGAACAGGAAGCCCACCACAGAUUAGCCCCCAAAACAAGAUGGAAGCUAACAUUCAAAGAGAAGUUCUACAAGAGGCUGCUGAACCUCAUCAGAAGAUGGGAGAGAACCAACAUGGUAUAAAAAUCGGAAACUCUGUAAGUACGCAUGAAAGACCUCCUUCAGGAAUGCUGGAAAGUGAUGAAGGUUCUAGUUAUAGUGUGGUCCAAGCUGUGCCGUGUUACGUGGAAGAUACCGAACCCGUCACAAUGAUUUUCAUGGGUUACCAGCAUGUGGACGAUGAAGAACUGAAUAAAACUGUCUGUGGGUAUGAUGGAGUUAUCCAUGCAGAACUUGUCGUCAUUGACGAUGACGGUGAAGAAGAGGACAGCAAGGAGGAGAGUCGGGCUGGAAAGCCGUUGUAUCAUCCAGUUGGUCCUUUUAGCCAGGUCUACCAGACCCCUAGCCAAACAAGUGCAAUUCCACAGACAAAUCCCAGCAAAACCGCCAGUGACGGUGUAAAUGCGUCGCCUUAUAAAAAUUCCAUAUCGCUCAAGGAGCAAGAAGAAAGCCUAUGCUGUUCUACCUACAACGGUCAGGUCGAUGGCCGGUUAUCAGGUGAUGGAACAGAGGAUCCCUCCUUAACAGGUAAAAAAAGAGGCAAGUCACGACACUGUUGCUCUCUCAUGUAACAAAUUGGCUACUGCUCUUUCUCCCUCCAUUCCUUCCUUGUUUCCUCUUGGCUUCUCUACACCUCAGAUCUGACUAAUACAGACUAUCUAACCUAUUUCUCCCAUGUUCUAACACUUUCAUUCAAAUGUUAACAAUGUUAACCAUACUACACUGAAGGACCUAAGCGCACAAUGCAGCAAUGUGGUUUUUUUAAAGCUCCAGACAGGACUGGUAUAAAUCAGAUAGAGAUCUUUGUGCUUCAAGUGCAACUUGGAAACACUGAUUAAAAUGUUAUCUCCUUGGUCCUAUGGCAUGUGAGAAAAAUGGUUGCGUUUUGGUAGUAAAUAAUAGCCUUUCUUCCUAUUCUGCGUCUCCGUUUCUGGAGCUCAGUCAUGCCUCUCUCUGUUCUCCUGACUUUGAACUGUAUAAUGUACCUUGCACCUUACCUAACACAGAAAGGCUGGUUGAACAGGUUUGAUUUACUUUAACCUUGACUUAACAUUGGCCACUUCACUCGAAAUGUCUUUAUGCAAGUUUUGAUAUCUUUUCUCAGCCUGCUUGAUUUGGGUGUCUGUGGGUUGGUUUGUUUUUUUAAAGAAAUAGUAAGUAUGACUAAAAUCCAGUUAUUUUGUUUAACCUCUGUCUGUCUGUCUGUCUUCCUUAAAAUAAAAAAGGUGUUACAUUUUCUAACCUCUUUGCAUGAUUCCUUUCACUCUGCUUUACUCUUCUUCUUGCUAGAAACUUUUUGUAUUCUGUAUGCUUCUUAGAACAGUGUUUCUCAACCUUUUUUGGGCCACGGCACACUUGUUCUAUGAAAAAAAAAUCCCGCGGCACACCAACUCUGUGCCGCCCUAUAUUUAGUUUAGUUUGGAGGGGAGACGUAAUCAUUACACACACGGGUGCAAAAAGUGCAUGGUGUAAAAGUUGGAGUUUAAUGGCAAAAGACUGUUGAGGGGUUCCUUUGCGGGUCUGUUCUGCAUUAUGUCCUUGGCGGAGCCACUCGCCGCCUUCUCCCCGUGCGCGCAGCCCCGGCGGCAGAGUUUCUGCAGCAGAAGGGAACAAACGACGGACCGACCUCCGAUCGGUCCCUGUCUGUGUGGGCUGGGGCUUCUUGGUGAGGCUCCCUUUUGAGGCUCCCACAUGCGGCUCCGGAGCCGCGGGUUGCCGACCCCUGGGCUAGCAAGAAGAGCACCUCACCUUCUGCAGGACUCCUUGCCGAAGAGGCCGCUCACUCCCGCGCCGACCCAAAAACUCCCGGGCGCCGCCAGCAAGAGGAGCGAGAGUGAGACAAACAGCCGCGGUGGUGGCUGUUGAGAGCUGCGCUCGCCCCGCCCCCGUCGUGACCCGGCCGGCUUCCUUUCCGGCGGGUCAGUGCCCCUAAUGGCGGCCGCCAGUCACGUGACAGGGCAGCAAAUCGCCCUUCUCGUCGCCAGCGUCUCCCGGCACACCAACCAGCGUCCCGCGGCACAGUACUGUGUCGCGGAACAGCGGUUGAGAAACGCUGUCUUAGAACACAUCAGCCUCAAAUCCAAGUACUUCAAACUUCUGGUGAUAGUUCUGUUGGGGGAAUAAAGGACUGGGUUCACCCAACGUGGACUGCAACAUAUAGGCCUGAUCCCCCAAAGGAGUGAAGCUGAAUUAUUUGGAUUUAUAACAGUUUACAUCUAUUGCCUUAAUUUAGGACUAAUACAGUGAAUAUGCAUGCACUUGCACAGAAGGAGAUCCCACCAACAAAAAUAAGCAAAAUAUACUUCAAUAUAAUUGGAUUUAGCACCAAACAGAUUUAUUUCAAUGGGCUUUGAACUUAGGCA